AUGGAAGUUCUGCCGGUCUGCAUCCUCGGUGUCUUGUCCUGGAUUGUUGGCAGCGGCUUAGUGCGGGCAGAUUCAAUCAUCCACAUCGGAGCAAUCUUUGAGGAAAGUGCAGCUAAGGAUGAUGAAGUUUUCCAACUGGCAGUCUCUGACCUCAGUCUCAAUGACGACAUUUUACAAAGCGAAAAAAUAACAUACUCCAUCAAAUUUGUUGAGGCGAAUAAUCCUUUUCAGACGGUUCAGGAAGCCUGUGACCUGAUGACUCAAGGAAUUCUCGCCCUAGUCUCCUCCACUGGCUGUCCCUCAGCCACUGCUCUCCAGUCGCUGACAGAUACCAUGCACAUUCCUCACCUGUUUGUACAACGCAGCAAUGCUGGCUCCCCUCGCACCGCCUGCCAGCUCAUCAGUAAUCCUGAGCUCCAGGAGUACACUCUGCCCGCCAGACCUCCUGUCCGAAUCGGCGAUGUCAUGCUGCGACUGGUCAACGAACUUCGGUGGCAAAAGUUCAUUGUUUUCUACGACAGUAACUAUGAUAUUCGCGGGUUACAAAGUUUCCUGGAUCAAGCUUCUCGCCAGGGGUUGGAUGUAUCUCUGCAGAGAAUCGAUCAGAAUAUCAGUCAGAUCUUUGCCAGUCUCUUCACAACAAUGAAAACCGAGGAGCUGAACCGUUAUCGGGAUACACUGCGCCGGGCUGUCCUCCUACUGAGCCCACGAGGAGCUCAGACAUUCAUCAAUGAGGCAGUGGAAACAAAUUUGGCUUCAAAGGACAGCCACUGGGUCUUUGUAAAUGAGGAGAUCAGUGAUUCGGAGAUUCUGGAGUUAGUCCACAGUGCACUCGGGCGGAUGACAGUGGUCCGGCAAAUCUUCCCCACCUCCAAGGACCCUCAACGCAGAUGUAUGAGGAACAAUCAUCGCAUUUCCUCAUUGCUGUGUGACCCACAGGAAGGCUAUCUGCAAACACUACAGACAUCCAACCUCUAUCUUUAUGACAGUGUCUUGUUACUGGCUGGAGCCUUCCACAGGAAGCUGGAGGACAGGAAGUGGCACAGCAUGGCGAGCCUGAACUGCAUGCGGAAAUCAACCAAACCCUGGAACGGAGGGAAAUCCAUGCUGGAUACCAUUCAAAAUGGUCAAAUUAUAGGGCUGACUGGACCCAUGGGAUUUGCAGAUGGUACAUCAAACUCCAACAUUAAUUUUGAGAUCCUUGGCACCAGUUAUAGUGAAACCUUUGGAAAAGAUAUUCGAAGGUUGGCUGUCUGGGAUCCAGUGAAAGGCCUCAAUGGGAGUCUCCAGGAGAGGCGUUUGGAAAGUGACAUGCAAGGAGUCACUCUGAAAGUGGUCACUAUUCUGGAAGAGCCCUUUGUAAUGGUGGCUGAGAACAUCUUGGGACAACCGAAACGCUACAAGGGGUUUUCCAUUGACGUCCUUGAUGCACUGGCAAAGCACUUGGGAUUCAAAUACGAGAUCUAUCAAGCCGUGGAUCAUAAGUAUGGCAGUCAGUUACCCAAUGGAUCAUGGAAUGGAAUGAUUGGGGAACUCAUUAACAAGAAAGCAGACAUUGCAAUCUCAGCAAUAACCAUCACUCCGGAGAGAGAGAACGUUGUGGAUUUCAGCAAGCGCUACAUGGAUUAUUCCGUCGGAAUCCUCCUGAAAAAGCCAGAGGAAAAGAUUAACAUUUUCUCGAUCUUUGCUCCCUUUGACCUGGCAGUCUGGGCCUGUAUUGCUGCUGCGAUCCCUCUGGUCGGCGUCCUGAUCUUUGUGCUCAAUCGCGUGCAGUUGGUCCGAACUCAGACACCUACACAUCCUCAGACACCCCCUUCCACCUCCAACACUCUUCACAGUGCCAUCUGGCUGGUGUAUGGUGCAUUCGUUCAACAAGGUGGGGAUUCACCUAUGAACUCGGUUGCCAUGCGGAUUGUAAUGGGAAGCUGGUGGCUUUUCACAUUGAUCGUAUGUUCUUCGUACACAGCCAACCUAGCUGCAUUCCUGACUGUCUCCCGAAUGGAUAACUCCAUCCACUCCUUCCAAGACCUUGUGAAGCAGUCUGACUUGUCCUAUGGCACUGUGAGAGACUCCUCUGUCUACGAGUACUUUCAGGCAAAGGGGACCAACCCUCUGGAACAGGACAGCACAUAUGCUGAACUCUGGAGAACCAUCAGUAAGAACAACGGUGCAGACAACUGUGUGUCAGCCACUAACGAAGGUAUCCGAAAGAUAAAGACAGGAACUUAUGCUUUCCUGUGGGACAUGGCUGUGGUGGAAUAUACAGCACUGACUGAUGAUGACUGUUCUCUGACAGUGAUUGGGAACAGUGUGAGCAGUAAAGGGUAUGGGAUCGCAUUGCAACAUGGAAGUCCAUAUAGAGACCUCUUCUCCCAGAGAAUCCUCGAAAUGCAAGAUAGCGGCGACCUGGAUGUUUUCAAGCAGAAGUGGUGGCCAAAGAUGGGGCGGUGUAACCUGAAGGGUCAUGCUAACAGCCAGGCGGAUGGUCGAGCAUUGAAGCUCCAGAGCUUCGCCGGGGUUUUCUGUAUCCUAGCUGCAGGUCUGCUCCUCGCCUGUUUGGUGGCAGCUCUGGAGAUCUGGUGGAACAGUAACCAAUGCCAGCAAGAAUCACCCAAGGAGGACAAGGAGGUGAAUCUGGAGCAGGUUCACCGUCGGAUGAACAGUUUGAUGGAUGAUGACAUGGCCCAUAAACAGAUCUCUGCAGCGUCAAUUGAAAUCUCGGCCUUGGAUAUUGGCAGCAUGCAGACCAGCCAAAGCUUGGAGCCAGCACGGGAUUACCAAAACACCCAGAUCUCAGUCAGCACUUUUUUACCAGAACAAACUCAUGCGACAAGUAGGAAGCUUUCCUCUUUGGCCAGCACCAACCUGUCUCUGCCUCUCAGCAGCUCUGCCACACUGCCCUCAAUACAGUGCAAACAUCGAUCACCAAACGGAGGACUCUUCCGUCAAAGCCCACUGAAAACCCCCAUCCCCAUGUCGUUCCAGGCAGCUCCGAGUCCUGGAGUGCUCCCCGAAUCCAUGGAGCCAUCCCAUGGAACCUCCAUUUAA